AUGCCCACGUGCCGUAGAGUUGCAUGGGAGCACUGCCGCGUUGUUUGGUUGAAAUCAGAUCAAUGGGCAGUCUCGGCUGACAGAAGUUCGACCAGUCAGGAACCGUACAGUUGCGUGCAACUCACACGUCGCUAUUUUGCCACACACACUAGCAUCUAUCCGGAACAUGCGAAGGACGCGGACACGGUGUUUCACGGUACAAUCAAUUGUUCCGAUUCGUGUACACGUGAUUGGUCAAUCCAAAAUGUGGUUGGGACGAAUUUGCAAUUGUUAAUUGCCGAUCUGCCUUGCGAUUCGUGUGAACCGUGGGACGAAGAAGUACCGCGAGGCCCGGUCGAAGGUGAGUAUAUUAUCUAUGUAUUCGCAAUUCAUUAUGAUGAAAAUAAUAGUGAUAGUAAUAAAGAUAAACUGAAACAAACUUCUCAACUCCUUGUUACUAAUUCUGGUGCCCUUCAAGGUGCUGUUCUAUCUCCAUAUCUUUUCUUUGCCUUUAUUAGUGAUCUUUCGGUCCCACCCCCUGCGUACAUCCAAAAGUAUACUGAAGACGUCGUUUUAUGUCACAGUUUCAUCUCCUUCGAAAUUUUAUUCUUUUCCUGA